ACGGCGGCGGGCCAGAGGGGCCGCCAAGAUGGCCCCCACGCCGGGCCUGCAGGCCGACUGCGAGGCGCUGCUCAGGCGCUUCCAGGACAAGGACAGCGUCCGCUUCGAGGACUUCGCCGCCAUCUGGAGGGACCUCAAGUUUGGGACCAUUUUCCACGGAAAAAUGGGUCACCUGGAAAUGAGCAACUUUACUCGAGAGGCUUUCGCCCUGUCCUGGCGGUAUUUCCUCCCUCCGUUCACCUUCCAGAUCCGCGUGGGGGCCCUCUAUCUCUUGUACGGGCUCUUCUUCUCGCAGCGCUGCCAGCCCAAACAGCAGAUCAGAAUUGCCCUGAAGGACUGGGAUGAAGUAAUGCAGUUUCAGCAGGACUUGACGAACGCACAGCAUUACGAUGCGGCUUACGUCCUUAGGAAGCUGCGGCUGGAAAAAGCCUUCCACUUCACGGCCAUGCCCAAACCGUUGUCCUACAGAAUAAAGAGAAAGAUGCCUUCCACUGAAUUCAAAGAGGAAUUUAAGGAGCCACAAGACCGUGUAACGAAGCUGAUCACUUCUGAUGUUCUAGAGGAAAUGCUGAACGUUCACGACCACUACCAGAAAAUGAAGUGUGCGAUCUCCGCGGAGAAGUCGAAGCCGGACAGAGCUCUGGACUUGAUAAAGAAUGACUUUGUGGGGGACGUGAGGAGCGUGGUUCUGGAACACCAGCAGUGGCUGCAGGACAGAAAGAAAUCGGCCUCGGCGACUAGAGGAAGCGUUGACGUGACGGAUGAAACAGAAGGAAGUUCCCAAGAAUCCGAGGGUUCAGAAAGAGCAAAGGCAUUGGCUAAAAUAAAAUCCAAAUCCUAUUCUGCCGUGGCUCAGGCCUCCAAAUCGAGACGACAUCGUCAAGUCAGAUUGGAGUCUUCCGAUUCUGUAUUGGAUAAGAAGACGAAGAAGCAAUUGAAGGAUACAGGAAAUACAAAAUCGUUAAAGUCAGCAGGGAAGAGGUCCUCCCGAGCGAAAGGUGGCCCGCAGCCCAUGAAGCAGGAAAGCGCCCCAGCCUAUCUGAGUAUGCCUGUCAUCGCAGAGGAGGAAGAGGAAGGCAGUCAAUCUAGUGAUGCCGGUAAUGCCGAGAGAGUUUCAGGACAGCCCAGCGGCUGAUCUGUGUUUUGCAAAGAAAGAAGCAGGAGGUGUCCACGGCCUAUGCCCCCCGAAGGGGCCGACCCUCCCGGGAGGCCGAGGAGUGGGCUUCAGGCCCCGGGGCUCUGAUCGGCUCAGAAUAAGGAGAGGCCGGCCCUCCCCACUGACCGUGGGUCAGCGUCACUUGCAAAGUCCACUUCUUUGCAGGCUGAAAACAGGUCGCAGGGUUCCUGCGUGGCCGCCGGGGACGAGGGACCGCGGGGUAUCUAAUGAGCCAGGCCGUGGACGACAACUCCAGAACCCUAGCCGAGCCUUCCCCCCACCCCCCACCACGGGGUUUGUCCGGCACUCCCGUCCAGAUGCUCCGCGUCGAAGCAGGAACCGGGAGACCGUCAGGCCCCAGCCGGUGCCAACCGUCUCCCUUCCGACUUUCCCCUCACGGUGCUGUUUCUGGAGAAAGUCUCCAUCAGCAGAGAUCAGGGAGAUAGAGUGCCGCCGGUGGGGAUGGGUCGGGGCGGCCGGCUGAGCCACCUGCUCGGGCCGCGCAGCCUUUCAUUUUGCUUAUCUCGUCAGAGUUCCCAACCCCGAAGAGGACAAGUACGUGUUAACCCACCCGGGGAAGAGUGUGGAGUCGGGAGCCGGCUGUGGAUUUCUAGGGCUGCGCCCGAAGGGUGGCUGAGAGCGGAGAAAGCGGCGCCUUUCGACCUGUGGCAGUUCUAAAUGUUAUUUGCGCUCUUGAUUCUAGUCAGGAGGAACUUAGGGUUCCAAGGCUCAGCCUGGAAGAAAAUGGACAUUCUUUACCUAAUUUUGUAGUCUGGAGGGAGGAUUUGGAGCUAAAUCCAGUCUGUCCUCCCCAUUGUUUCUGAAGAAAGCAUGGUUGAGUUUUAUUCAGUUUUUGGCAUGUCAACUAACGCUGAAAUCUUUCCACACAAAAGAACCAUUUGCUUCAAGGGCAACGAAAGAACAAAUACUGUACUAUUUAACUUAAUUUUCAGAACUGGGAGUCUCAUGAAAAGAGCUCUUCAUUUUGUACGUUGAAUUCAAUUUUGUGUUUGGCUAGUAUUCACUCUGGGUUCUCUUUUGAACCCAGCACACCCUGAACUGGUUUUUUUCCUCCUGAAACCUCAAGUGAUGAGUGGAUCACAGGUGAAUUGCUGGUUCCCUCGUUGAUUAAAUAUAGUUGUGCUGUUCUCGCAUGACCUAUUUUAAAGCAGUCUUUCCCGGAAUGGGUUGGGGGAUCCUGCUGGAGUCUCCCAUCGGGAAUGGUGAAUGUGCCUCGGACCUGUCUGGGAAUAGAAUAUUAAUAAUCUGUAAGAUUUAUAUUAAAAUUCAGAAUGAGAUUUUCUAAUUAAUGAUA